CGAUUAAUUUCUCUAGAAUUAAUUUUACUAUUGAGUUUUGGUUCUAUUGGAACACAAAUCCAACGACGGACUAUUGUUUUUUUGAUCAAUAUUUGGCGAGUGCUAGUGAUCAAUGUUUGUUCCUCAACAUCCGUAACAAACUUUUAUAUUUUGGUUUUUUUAAUGACGAUACUAUGACUACUACAGUUUUAUCAUUAAACACAUGGUAUCAUGCUGCUUUUGUCUACGACUAUAUUGCACGCACACGUACUAUUUACUUGAACGGAUAUCAAGAUGGUUUUGGUUCAGCGGGUGUUCUGGCAACGUCGGGCUCGAGUGUAACGAUCGGUGGUGGCCCAAUUGGCGGAAGUGCAGCGGCACAAGUUUAUUUCGGCGGCUAUAUAGAUCAUCUGUCAUACAGUACUCGUGCAAAAUCGUCAUGUGAAAUUCUGAAUGACGCAACGCUGGCCGGGUACUUUCCAUUUGACGGUUCGCUCAAUGAUUCAGGACCUAAUUUUCUCGUUGGAACAUCAACAGGAGCGUUUUUCAUAUCGGGAAAAGUAAAUCAAGCACUUCAGCUAAACUCAACAACACCAUGUUAUUUUCAAUUGAAAACUACCCUGGCAUUAGGUACUUCUAAUCAAGCAUUCACAAUUGCUUUAUGGAUUAUGCCAACUACAUUAAGCGGUGUGCUUGUGUAUGUAUCAUCACUUUCAACAGGUGCAGGAUGGUGUUUUCCAUUCUUGGGAUUUUCGUCGUCAGGUGCCAUUAUUGCUCAAGUAACUAAUUCAUCAAACACAGUGACAUCGGUGAAUGGCCCUAUUAUACAGACAGGUCCAUUUUGGACACAUAUCGUUCAGACAUUUAGUAGCACAAACGGUACAAGACUCUAUGUAGAUGGUUCCGUUCGUGCAUCAUCAAAUGGUUCAACUGGCGGGAGUUACUCGGCAAGCGGCGUGCAAAAUUAUGUAACUUUAGGGUCAAACCAAGGUCAAAGCUGCAGCACUACAGGAGAUAUUGUUCUCGGACAAUACACAGGAGCUGUCGAUGAACUCCGAGUGUACAGUAGGGAACUGUCGUCAACAGAAAUAUGCAAACUGUAUGCUGGGUAAUAUAAUACUUCUUUUUGUAAAGACGAAAGUUCUAUUAUUCUACUUUAAACAGGCUCGUUGUCUGACAGAGGAAGACAUUUAAUGUCUAAAGUCACAGCAUUUGUCUUUUUUUCAAGUAAUUUUGCAUCAACUAAGAAACAUGAUUUCCUUUCUCGCACUUUUUAACAUAUAAAUAUGACUUUAAUCAAACACGAAAUUGAUACAGUAAUUAAAAAGUUUUCAAAAUCAUUAAUUGAACCACAACCACACACAUUGUGUUUGUUGUAUUAGUUUAACUAUCUGAACAUCUCUUAGUGCAGUUAUCCGUAAGAUGUGCUAAAGUUUACUAAGCCUCUGAAUUAGAAUCUGAUACAAUCUACAGAGUUUGUCGAGUUCAGCUAGAUGCUUGCUUAUACAUAGCUUACUGAUGCCCAAAGACAGCGCGAGUUGCACGCUAUUCGACUGUUUUCAUCG